AUGACUACCGAUAACUUGUAUAGCGCCGAAGGUGUCCAAGCGCGAUGUAAGAAGGCUAUUUCACAACUUGACGAACAACUCGGCCAGUUCCAAUACUGCAACGACUUUGAACGCAUGACGGGCGUGCCUAAGACCUAUGUUGUCUUGGGUGCCGGCGGCCUUUUUGCUAUCAUGAUCUUUUUUAAUAUUGCCGGCCAGCUUAUUACAAACUUUAUCUCAUGGGGCUAUCCAGCAUAUGCAUCAUUCAAGGCGAUCGAAACACCCUCACCUGCUGAUGAUAAACAGUGGCUGACUUACUGGACGGUGAUCGGAUUUGUGCAGAUUGUGGAAUACUUUUCAGACUUGUUGUUGUUCUGGGUACCUUUUUACUUUUUAAUCAAGACCGUCUUUGUACUGUGGUUGGCGUUGCCUCAGUUCCGAGGUGCAGAAAUCCUGUACGGAAGAUUCAUCCGACCUUUCCUUUUGGAGGCGCAGAGCGAUAUUGACAGACACGCUCAUGAGCUGAAGGAAAAGGCUUCCAGCGUCGCAUCCGAGUUUAUUAGCAAGAAGGAUUAG